CGUGCCUUUGACGCCGGCGACUACGAGGCGCGCGCCGGCACGGCCAGCCGCAGCAGCAUGGCCAAGCACGCCGGCGGGCCGGCGCAGGCGUGGCGCGAGGAGAGCGAGAGCGAGGGUGAGUGGCGCAGGGGCGCAGCGUGGUGAGGCGAGAUGUGCAUGAGGGCCGAGGACAUGCGACAGGGGCGCAGUGGCGCAAGGCUGCGAGAAGAGGCGUAGGCGAGGGGCAUGCCAUGCAGCCGUGCUCUCCCAGCAUCCCUUGCCACGGCCACCAGCUGGGCCAUCGUAGCGCCGCCCGAUGCGGCUGCGAGCCGCGCUCUCCACGCACCUCUCGGCCUCUCACCCCGGCCCUGGCUGACGCCGCUCUUGGCGCAGACGAGGACUGGAAUGUCUACGACGACUUUAACAACGCCGCGCCGCUCAGCGCCGCCGGCUCGCGCUCCAUGAUCGCCGGCGUGACGGGUGCGGGCGGCGGCGCCGCCUCGGCGGGCCGGCCGUCCGGCGACGGCUACUGGGGCCCGCAGGGCGGCUCGCGCAACGCGCGCAACUCGCGCGGCUCGGCGCUGCUCGACGCCUCGGCGUUUGGCUUUGACGCGCAGACGUCGGACCCGCGCGUCGUGGGCGACCAGCCGAUGCCGUCGUCGCCGUCGUACGCCUACGGCGGCAACUACGGCGGCUACGCGGCUGCGCCGCCGGAUACGCCUGGCUCGUACGCGGGCAAGGAGACGGGCGAGGGCAUCGAGCUGAUCACCGUGCCCGCGCUCGGCACCGAGUACACCGACGAGGAGCGGCGCAUGAUGAAGGGCCGCGAGCGCCGCAAGUCGAAGCUCGCCAAGAAGAAGAACCGCAUCGGGCGCUCGACGGGCAAGUGGGCGCGCGGCGAGACGAAGCUGUGCGGCUGGCUGAGUCCGCGGCUGGCGGUGUUCCUCGCCUUUGGCAUCCUGAUCUUGCUCGGCAUCACGCUAUACUUUGUGAUCCCUCGCGUGCCCACGUUUGCGUUCUUCAGCGCACAGCCGCUGCUGGCCGUGCCGAACGCCGGCUCCAUGUCGACGACGUACACGCCGACGCGCUCGUUUGCCAUGCGCAUGAACAUCUCGCUCGCCGGCGACAACCGCGGCGGCUACAUUCCCUCGUCGGCGACGGACCUCGACAUCAAGGUGUACUCGCUCUCGACGCGCAAGCUCGUCGGCGAGGGCAAGAUGGACUCGCAGACGUUCCCGGGCAAGAAGCGCACGCAGUUCCUCUUCCCCAUCGACUUUAGCUACACGAGCCUCAACGCGACCGCGUCGGGCGACUCGACGUUCCAGGAGUUCUACCAGGCGUGCGGCCACAAGGUGCCCGGCACGGCGCGCCCGACGCUCAACCUCGCCGUCAGCCUCACGAUGAAGAUUACGGGGCUCAUCGGCCGGAAAGGCGCCAGCACGCAGCUCAACUCGAUUGAGUGUCCGUUUGAGCUCGACUCGGAUCAGUGAUUGCUGCGCCUCGGCUUGCCCCUUCUCCACGCGAUCAAUUGAUACGGUGCACACAGAGCAGUGCAGAGCGGUAGCGCGAGAAGUGCACGUGCGCGGCGCUGCCGUGAGCAUGCAGAGGCAUCCAUCUUCACGCCGCUGUUCAGCGUCACAGCACGCCUGUCGUCGCUUCGCCCUUGCAGCCGGCUGGGGGCUCGUGACGACGCGACGGGGUGCGUGAGGACACUCCCGUGUCACACGAUCGCGCGCAUACCGCUGUACAGCUGCAGGGCGCGGUUCGGGCCAUGGACAGCACGGAGAGAUCCGGCGCUGCGAUGUCGAGAGCAAGCACACCCGCAGCCGGCAUCCGUCCC